CUCUAUGGGGACAAUCGGGGUCGUUUUUUUUUUUUCCGUUUCGUUGCUUCUGUUCCAGGGCUGUGUAGGCGAGGGGCUGCUUGGGUGCCCUUUGGCUAACGGCCCCUGAGAGAGAGAGAGAGGAACCGAGACCAAAGCGGUCGGAGUGGAUACCAGGGACCCAAGAAGCCGCCUCCCCGUUGGCUUCAGGCUCGAAAGCAGUUGUCAUGCUGUCUUAUGUACAAAAGUUACACUGUUUAGGGAUACUGUUACGUAAAGUGAACAGUGCGGCAGUGUAGUGAUAUUAAACGUUGCAAGCAAACAACAAAAUGAGCAAGCGAUCAAGCAGUGGACAUUCCUUUAGGAAGGAUGAGCACGACAGCAUUCCCAUCUCCGGCUGCCGAAAUGGCAGAAAUGAAUCGAAUUCAAUAUGAAAUGGAAUAUACUGAAGGGAUCAAUCAGAGAAUGAGAGUUCCGGAAAAACUCAAGGUUGCUCCACCAAAUGCUGACCUUGAACACAGUGCUCAUGAAGGGGGGCUUCCAAAUGCCAGUGUUACAAUGCAGGUUCCAGAGCGGAUUGUAGUGGCAGGUAAUAGUGAAGACAUUCCACUCUCUAGGCCGCCAGAUCUAGAUCUCCUCCAGUCAACUCCUUUCAAGUCUCUGUCACUGAAAACACCUCCCCGUGUUAUUUCACUCAGUGAACGACCACUAGAUUUCCUGGACUUAGAGCGAGCCCCUACUCAAACUCCUCAAAAUGAAGAGGUUCGCUCAGUUGGGAGACUGAAAAGAGAACGCUCCAUGAGUGAAAACGCAAAUCGUCAAAAUGGUCAAUUGAUGAGAAAUGAGUCGAUUGUGACACCAUCACCUCAACAGGUUCGUGUCUGUCCACCCCAAAUGUUCUCUGAAGAUGGAUCUAAUCUUUACUCUGCUCGGGGCAUAUUGUCGCUUAUCCAGUCUUCUACCCGUAGGGCUUACCAGCAAGUCUUGGAUGUGCUGGAUGAAAAUCGCAGGCCAGUGUUACGUGGUGGGUCUGCUGCUGCCACUUCCUCUAAUCCUCAUCAUGACGCCAGAUACACCCUUUCAAAUAUGGAUACAACAUUUGAGGGGACACCAGAAGAUGUCACUGUUGUGGAUGCUGUUUCUUUAAGACGACAGAUAAUUAAACUUAAUCGCCGCCUACAACUUCUGGAAGAAGAAAACAAAGAGCGUGCUAAACGAGAAAUGAUCAUGUACUCAAUUACUGUAGCUUUCUGGCUACUAAAUAGUUGGCUUUGGUUUCGGCGCUAGAAAUGGUCACAGCACUUCAGAAGAUUUGUCAGUGGAGAAAUAUAUAGAGAAUUUGCAAAGUCCUUUGUUUCAUUCUCUGAAUUGUAUGGUGAUUUAGGAUCCAUGCACUGGAAAUUUCUGACACAGUAAACAGCUGUAACAUAACUUUACAAUGUUAAAGGGAUGUCUGGAUGAUUGUAUAUAUAUUUUCAGAAUUGUUGUAUCAUCCUAUUAUCUUCCUUUUGCAUGACUUGUACAUUUGCAUUGAAUUAUUUUGCAAAGGGAAUUGCCUCCAGGUAACAAAGGUGUACUGCAGACAGUUCUCUCUUGUGUAGAAAGAAACAACUGGGUUUUGGAAUUACCUGCAAAAUGGCCUAACUUAUGGUUUCUCAUUGUUAUUCCAUAAUUAAAUGUAGCACCUUUAUAGUUCACCUUAUUGCACUUGUUUUCUUUUAGCCAAAUUUCAGGUAGUAGUGCAGCAGAUUAAAAAGCAUCCUGAGUAUGUCUCAUUCAAGCACAUGUACAUAUUGACUAAAAUACAUUCUUUGCUAAGAUAAGUCAGCAGAUUAUCCAGAGGUGUGUGUAAAAUGUAUUUGAGCUUUAAUUUUGCAAUGUUUUUUCUAAAAAAAAAAAAAGAUGGUUUUUAAGCAAAUCUGUCCAUGAGUGAUCUUAAGAUUAUGGAACAAAGUACCAAUGUAAUGUAUUUAAUAAAAGUCAGCCCAAAGCAGUA